CGCUCGGAUGUCUCCGAUGCCUUGGAUUUAUCAUCUUGUCUUUAUUUAAUAUUUGUUAAAUGCAUCCGAGUGAUAUUUCCGAACGCAGUCAUUGCACCAUUUAUCGAUUGAGAAAGAUUAAAACAAAGCCAAGUGAUCGUAACAGGACUAGCAAUAUUAAUCGCCACAUAAUCGAGUUAAGCGACAACGAUUCCAAGAUGGUUCUACGGCGGCAGUUUGGAGAAAUGGCAGGACGCGGGAAUUCAAACACGCAAAGCAACGCAUUGGAUUAUGAAAAUAUGGAAAUUCUACGAAAGCUACCACCGGACACGAUCGUGAUACGACAAAAAAUGAAAUCGGGCAUAGAAGAUAGCGAUUACAGGGAAUUAAUGGAAACGAAUAGUAAUGAUAGCAGCUCGAUUUCUGGCUGUGCUGAUGUUAAAAAAGGAAUUUCACGAGCUAUUAGAAACAAAACUCUGAAAACGAUAGAAGUGAGACGAAAUCCUAUGCGAAUGUCGAAGAGAAAUGUUGAGGAUUUUUCUCGACCCAAACAACUAUUGGCCAACAAGAAAGAGUUUUAUUUGGAUUAUGAAUUUGAGAAACGUAUAAAAUCAUCCGCAAUGCCAUAUAUGAACACUAGAUCUAUUACUCGAAAGAUGUAUACUGUGGGUGCUACUUAUCAAGCACCUACCAAAAAAGAUGAAACAGAGUGGAAAGAAUGGCCCGUACAUGGAAUGCAUGAAAGACCAGUCUACCAUCCUCAAGCUGGUUUAGCAGUAGAAUAUUUAGGAAAAUACUUCACCAGCCUCGAUGGAUUAUCUUAUUGCGAGAUUAUUAAUAAACCUGAUAUUGAAGUGAUCUCUGUCGAUCCACAUUACAACAAACAAGUCUCUUCGACGGAAAAAGAAAAGAAGCUAAAGGGAAAACUAAGAAUGAAAAAUAAACGUUCAUCGAAUACUAAAAAUGCAUGGAAUACCUAUCUCUCCAUGGAUAAGAAAUCCUUUGAAACAUGUAUGCAUGAAAGCCUUCAUUGCGUGUUUGGUUAUUGUGCGCAAGUUAUGACACCAGUUUAUAAACAAGCAGUAGAAAAAAAAGUGACACAGUUGACAAUUUCUGCAACCAAGACAAGUUCUUUAGAAUUGACAAAAAAGACAACAAAUGUCAAAAGUAAUCUAACAAUUUCUCCUGAGAAUGUUGCUAAUCUUGCAGAAGAAACAAAGUUACUAGAAGCUUAUGCUAUCGCUAUGGCGCAAAGCAUUCAAAAUGAAAGUACCACUAAUAGCAAAAAUGAUCAAAGAGUCGCCUCGACUUUUCCAUCAUCUUCAGCAUUAUAUAUACCAAAAACACAGAAAUCGACUGUGGAACUCAACAGCUCGAAAACUACGUCACAAAAUAGAGAGAUGAUCAGGAUGAAUUUGAAACAGAUUAUUCGAGGCGCUCCAAACAGUUCUCUAAUUUUGUUGAGAAAUUCGGCUGCGAAAUCUAUGAGCGAUGAAGUUUGCACAAAAAAUAUAUUUAACUCCGCAAAGUUGGAAGAUGCUUCUAACAAUGAGACGCUGAUGGGGAUGUCAAUCUACAGAAAGUUGUUUGCGAAAGAAUCAGUUUCAAAGUGCAAAGAAUCGUCAAUGAAUAAUUUGCAUACUUUGAAGAGAUAUGCUACAAAUACACAAGAAUAUAUGACAAAGAAAACCUUUCUUGAAACCCCAUUGGAUAAAAAACCUGUUCAAGUCAUGAAAGAGAUACAUGACGGAGAAAAUCCUGAAAAAACUAAAAUUAAUAGAGAAUCAGAUAGUAAAAUAUCAAAUUCUAAUGAGAAUCUUGUAUGGUGCACCAAUGAAACUUCGGAAAUAGCUAAAAUCUUAUCAAAUUACAACAAAAGCAUGUUGAGGAAGUCUAUGAUACAGAAUCAAAUUUAUAGUUCAAGAGAUAUGAAAACGAGUUUAACAAAACUGAACAUCAAAAAUUUGCCUAAAAGCUUCUCGCAAAAGAAUACAACAAUUGAAAAAAAUCAGUUUAUAUCCAACAGUCCCUAUUCAAAUACGAGUUUUGGUUUCUCACAAGGAAAAUGGAAAAAGCUUCAUCUGAUGCUAGAGAAUAUCAAAGACAAUCAGAUUGUCAGUAGCAAUCAAAAUGCUUGGAAAAGUUCUUCAACAUUAUUAGAAAAUCAUAAAGUAAUUUCUUCGAAAAAUGAACAAGUGAGUUUAAACACACUAAACUAUAUAAAAAAGAAGCCUAGUGAUUCUCACAAGGACAAACAUGAAAUUAUCGAUAUAAAAUCGAAAGAAAAGAAAUCUGAAUAUUCUAGAGAUGAAACAGAGACUUCAAAAAUGGGAUCAUUGCGAGAACUCCUAGAGAACACUGCAAUCUUAUAUUGCACCGCCAAUGGAGUUCAUCAGGAUGAUUUAUCAAAUUACAUCGAUACUCUUGACAACAAGCAAAGCAUUCAAUGGUUAAAGACUUGCAAUAAUUCUGUUACAUUCAAUAAGAAAUUGAAUAUGAAAUAG